CAGAGGCCACAUUGCAUCAAUAUGAGCUGGUCGCCCUCCCUGCCAACCCAGACUUGUGGGAACUGGGAAAUGAAAGAACGACUCGGGACCGGGGGAUUUGGAAACGUCAUCCGAUGGCACAACCAGGAAUCCUCUGGGAACUAUAUGGGAUGCCAGGAUCUAACCUAGGGCAGCUAUGUGCAAGGAAACAGGUGAACAGAUUGCCAUCAAGCAGUGCCGUCAGGAGCUGAGCCCCCGGAACCGUGAACGCUGGUGUCUGGAGAUCCAGAUCAUGAGAAGGCUGAACCACCCCAAUGUGGUGGCUGCCCGGGAUGUGCCCGAGGGAAUGCAGAACCUGGCUCCCAAUGACUUGCCCCUGCUGGCCAUGGAGUACUGCCAAGGAGGAGAUCUCCGGAAGUACCUGAACCAGUUUGAGAACUGCUGUGGCCUUCGGGAAGGUGCCAUCCUCACUCUGCUCAGUGACAUCGCCUCUGCACUUAGAUACCUUCACGAAAAUAGGAUUAUUCAUCGAGAUCUUAAGCCAGAGAAUAUUGUUCUGCAACAAGGAGAGCAAAGAUUAAUACACAAAAUUAUUGACCUAGGAUAUGCCAAGGAACUGGAUCAGGGCAGUCUUUGUACCUCGUUUGUGGGGACCUUGCAGUACCUGGCCCCUGAACUGCUGGAGCAGGCAAAGUACACAGUGACUGUGGACUACUGGAGCUUUGGCACCUUGGCAUUCGAAUGCAUCACAGGCUUCCGGCCAUUCCUCCCCAACUGGCAGCCUGUGCAGUGGCAUUCUAAAAUCCGGCAGAAGAGUGAGUUGGACAUCGUUGUUAGUGAAGACUUGAAUGGAACAGUAAAAUUUUCCAGCUCUUUACCCUACCCCAAUAAUCUUAACAGUGUCUUGGCACAACGCCUAGAGAAGUGGCUGCAGCUGAUGUUGAUGUGGCAACCCCGACAGAGAGGCACUGAUCCCCGCUAUGGGGUCAAUGGCUGCUUCAAGGCCCUUGAUGACAUCUUAAACUUAAAGCUGGUUCAUAUCUUGAACAUGGUCACAGGCACCAUUCACACCUAUCCAGUAACAGAGGAUGAGAGCCUUCAGAGCUUAAAAACCAGAAUCCAGCAGGACACAGGAAUCCCUGAGAAGGACCAGGAGUUGCUACAGGAAGCGGGCCUGGCACUGAUCCCCAACAAACCUGCUACACAGUGCAUCUCAGACGGCAAGUUGAAUGAGGGCCGCACACUGGAUAUGGAUCUAGUUUUUCUUUUUGACAACAGCAAAGUCACCUAUGAGACUCAGAUCUCCCCACGUCCACAACCUGAAAGUGUCAGCUAUAUCCUUCAAGAACCCAAGAGGAACCUCUCUUUUUUCCAGCUGAGGAGAGUAUGGGGCCAGAUCUGGCACAGCAUCCAGACCCUGAAGGAAGACUGCAACCGGCUGCAGCAGGGACAACGAGCUGCCAUGAUGAAUCUCCUCCGGAAUAAUAGCUGUCUUUCUAAGAUGAAGAAUUCCAUGGCUUCCAUGUCUCAGCAACUCAAGGCCAAAUUGGAUUUCUUUAAAACCAGCAUCCAGAUUGACCUGGAAAAGUAUAGUGAACAAACUGAGUUUGGAAUCACAUCAGAAAAAUUGUUGCUCGCGUGGAAGGAAAUGGAACAGGCUGUGGAGCUCUGUGGAAGGGAGAAUGAAGUGAAACAUCUGGUGGAACUGAUGAUGGCUCUGCAGACAGAUAUCGUGGACUUGCAGAGAAGCCCAAUGGGGAGAAAACAGGGAGGAACACUAGAUGACCUAGAGGAGCAAGCAAGGGAUCUUUACAGGAAACUGAGGGAGAAACCACGGGACCAACGAAACGAAGGGGACAGUCAGGACAUGGUCCGGCUACUACUACAGGCUAUCCAAAGCUUUGAAAAGAAAGUACGAGUGAUUUAUACACAACUCAGUAAAACUGUGGUUUGCAAGCAGAAGGCUCUGGAAUUGUUGCCCAAAGUGGAAGAGGUGGUGAGUUUAAUGAACGAGGAUGAGAAGACCGUUGUACGACUUCAGGAGAAGCGACAGAAGGAACUCUGGAAUCUCUUGAAGAUAGCUUGUAGCAAGGUCCGUGGGCCUGUCAGUGGAAGUCCUGAUAGCAUGAAUGCUUCUCGCCUUGGUCAUCCGGGUCAGCUCAUGUCUACACCUUCCACAACCCCCAGUAGUUUACCUGAGUCAGUCAAGAAAAGUGAGGAACUGGUGGCCGAAGCACAUGAUCUUUGUGCGCAGCUGGAAAAUGCAAUGCAAGAUACCAUAAAUGAACAGGGCCAAAGUCUAAAGUCUCUAGACUGGAGCUGGUUGCAGGCUGAGGAGGAGGAGCAGAACAGUCUGGAACAGGCCUCUUGACUCUGAACAAUCCUGAUCCCCUGACGGGCCUGCCUAGCACAAGACUGACUGUAGUAGUCCCUACUGUAUUCACAUGUUGCCAUGAUCUUCACUACCCAGAUGAGGAACUUCUUACCUACCCAGCAGUUGUGGACAACAGUGUGGCCCUUCAGGGGCACUACAGCAAUCUGUUAAUACACUGGAGGCCCUCCAUUUCAGAGGCCCUGCAAAGCACUGGUUCUAGACUUGAGUAUUUAGGAAGACCAAGAUACAGCCACCAUUUCCUCCACUCUGAAAAAAAGCAUUCAAGAUAUGGCUUGCCUUACAGACCGCUGGACAAAUGUGUAAUGUGAUUCUUUCAGAACCAAGUACAGAUGUAUCAAUGGUACUAGCCUAUCCUCUCCUGAGCCCUAAUGAUCUUCAGAAGUCCUGAUCUACUGGUCUAGAAUGAUUUGUAUUCUAUCUGUAUUUGCUUCUCUAAAAAGGCUCUUAAACAUAGAUGUGUACUAGCCCAUCCUUUCUUCCUCUUUUUAUCUUACUGCUGCUAAAAAUACUUUUGACCUAUGACUGUGCCAGUUACCCUCCCUUUUGGAAGACUACAGUGAAUGUUAAGUUCCACUCUUCGUAUUCUUUUCGACUACAGAGUAACUCACAAGAACCAGGAUGAGUGACCAACUCUACCUUCCAUCUUUCAUCCCAAAGAUUACUUGUCAUUGGGCCAGAGAACUAGCUCAAUGGACCAAGCACAUACUUUGAAUGCAAGAGACCUGGACCAUUUAUGGUCCCCCAGCAUCAUCUAAAGCAACGUCUAAGCACAGAGCCAAGAGUAGCCCCUGAGUACUGCCAGAUGAAAAAUGAAUGUGUCAAAACCAAAAGAAAAAUGAAUGUGUCAGCCAUUAGUCUGUUAACCUUUGUGCCCACAUCUCUCCCUGGUCAAAUACCUCUGUGUAUGGUGAUAAGUUGGGGAUUGCCUGUCUCAUUAUCUAGCAGUAUUAUUAAAUUGAUUUAUUUUUUAAAA